UCACCGACCAGAGAGGCCCUGAGGAAACGGCCGUGGCGGAAACGGCCUGAAACGGAUCUUAGGCUAAGAAAUACAUAGUGACCGUCAACCGGUGGAAGCGGUUACCACCCUGCUCAGGACGGUGUAAUCCUCUUCAGUGCAUCAGACAUACCUGCCAUUGCCACCCGACCGAACCUCCAGGCCACCGCGUUAGGGCCUGCUGAAACGUGAUCCCAUGACCAUCAAGCUACCAGCAUGUUUUAUUCAUUUCCUCCGCUGUCACAGUCCUCGACGGAACGGACACAUGAGCGUGGCGGCCUGUUCGCCUCCCACUGGAGCUGCGGAGCUGACGGCCUACAGGAAGGGUGAGAUCGACCGAGGUCACACGAAACUAUACAGGUAAUGGUCAAAGAUGUCGGAGGAAAGGCAGCGUUCCCUUUCUACCUCUGGAGAGGCCCUCUACCUGGUCCUGGGCCUUGACAAGACCUGUUCACCGGACGAUAUCAAGAAGUCCUACAGAAAGCUUGCCUUGAAAUAUCACCCGGACAAGAACCCGGAGAACCCGGAUGCCACAGAUAAGUUUAAGGAGCUCAAUAAUGCCCACUCAGUCCUGUCAGACACCUCCAAGCGGAACAUAUACGACAGCUAUGGCUCCCUCGGUCUGUACGUGGCGCAGCAGUUUGGAGAGGAGAACGUCAAUGCAUAUUUUAUGCUCUCCAGUUGGUGGGCAAAGGGGCUAUUCGCUGUCUGCGGCUUAUUGACAGGCUGUUACUUCUGCUGCUGCCUCUGCUGCUGCUUCAACUGUUGUUGUGGGAGGUGCAAACCCAUCGGCCCGGUGGGCGAGGAACCAGACACCUACGUGUCCCCUGAGGACCUGGAGGAGCAGAUCCGAACAGACGCGGAGACAGAUGCCGACGACGUUCCCAUAGUACAGCAGCCAACCAACGUGAGCGAGAAGACUGGCCUCAUAGGUGGAGGGCGACAAACCUACACCUGACAAUGUCAUAGGACUGUUGAUGUCAUAGGGAUUUAUUUAUUUGGCGUGGGGACAUCUCAGAAGGGUUUUGUUUCACCCUCUGACUGCAGUUUGUAAAAUUCUGAAUGAGUGUUUGUUUUGCGCAAUGUUUUUUUGUUGUUGUUUGUUAUUUGGGGAUUCGGAAACAAAGGACAAAUGAAUCAACUUCUACUGCCCAGCAGGGUUUUUGUAAAAAGCUGAGGAGCUCGACUGUAAAAAAUGUACAGAUCAUUCAAUUCUUAGAAAGAGUUCUGGAUUGAUCAUACAAAAGGAUAGUUUUAACCAAGUUUUUCAGCAAAACGAGAAGUUUUUUUUUAAGGUACGAUUGUUGAAACAGCUCACAAGUCAAAUGCAAGCCUAUAAAUUAAAUAAUUUAAUGUAACAUUUUAUCUGGUAAGUAAUAACGUAAUAUAAUGUUUGCAACUGUUAUACUCAUAAAGGAUACACAUGGCGAGGAGUGGCUUACCGGUGACCACGCCCCUAGCAGGGAUCAAACCGUGGGGAAUUUCAUUCACUCCCAUUUAACUAUCCUCACUUUCAUGUGUGGUCCACAACAAACUACUAACACUGACAAAAAUAAACGAUAAUAACUUUUUUGAUUAUCAAAAAAAGAAGUUGACAAUGACCCAAAUGUUUAGAAUUACACCAAAUAAAAUACACAGUUAUGAGUAAUGUCGCCAAUUAAACAUGGGAUUAAAUUAAGUACCACAUACCAAUACCGUACUCCUGGCAUGGUCACGUUAAUCUAAGCCUUGCCUUGUGUGUCCAUAAAGGGUACAUGCCAUUAAUGUUUCAUUCCAAAAACGGAUGGAUUUAGCUGCCCUGUAAAAAUGUGUCG